AUGUAUGGAAUUCCAGUUCCAAGGUAUGCAUUAGUAAAUAGGGACAAACCAUAUCAAGAUUCGGAGUAUUUUGUUGAGGAAGAAGAUUUUGUUGAGGUUCAUGGGCAGCGAUUUUGGAAGCCUUUUGUAGAGAAGCCUGUUUAUGGUGAUGAUCACAACAUAAUGAUAUAUUACCCAAGUGCAGCAGGGGGUGGUAUGAAAGAAUUGUUUAGAAAGAGCAAGGUUAAGGAUCUUGAACUAAAGGGGCAUACAAAUAGUGUAGAUCAGUUAUGUUGGGAUCCUAAACAUGCCCACUUGAUUGCCACUACUUCAGGUGACAAGAAUGUUUGUCUAUGGGAUGUCUGCAGUGGAAAAUGUUCACAGCAAGCAGAACUCAGUGGGGAGAACAUUAACAUUACCUAUAAACCAGACGGGACUCAUGUAGCAGUUGGGAACCGGGAUGAUGAACUGACAAUACUGGAUGUUCGAAAAUUCAAACCCAUCCAUAAAUGCAAAUUCAACUAUGAGGUAAAUGAGAUUGCAUGGAACAUGAGUGGGGACAUGUUCUUCUUGACUACACUCCCCUCUGGUGCUGGUAACCCUAGCCUUGCACUGUAG